AUAACCUUGGUUACAACAAAGUAAUAGAACACAAUACUGAGUUGUCAACACAGUGCUAUUAAUGAAAAUAUGAUUUUGAAAUCAUUCUAAGUUGUACAACUUUUAUCUGUUUCAGGCAUGGAAACGUUCCCAUCCAAUAUGGAGAGCUCUGCCUGCAUCAAAAAGGAUAAAAAUGUGACAUCCUCUUUUGUUGCCCAGAGAUAUAUUGUGGAUGACAACAACAAGGACAAGUUGAGAAGGUUAUUGACAGGACAACGGGAUGAGCAACAAGCGAUUGCUCAUGCUACGCGGCGUUUUCCAGUGUCUAUAAAAGACAUUGCCAGUGUGUGCCCCCAACAGCUGUUGGAAGAAUCCUCCUUGGUUAUGCCAUGGUUGACAGAUGACGCUGUGAACUAUCGAGUAGCACAACUGGCAAAAGAGAACAUGUGUGCCUCAUUGGCCACCUUUGACUUUAUUUUAUGGCACCGUGAGUGGAAGAAAAAUGGGUCUGUCAGUGACCAGCUUGUGAAGAACAUCCCUGCAAGUCCUUUUUAAAUGAUAUUUGAAAAUCUAUGGACUGUGUUAAAAUGCAUUACAAAAACUAAUAGAGGAACUAAAAUUUCUGAUUAAUAAAUCCUUUCAUUUCAGGUUGCUGACACAGUAUUCCUCCCUAGGAUAGUGGGGCAUUCCUCUCCAGAGACAGGGAAUCAUUUCAUUCUUUGGGUGUUUGACUUCAAAGCAAAAGCAAUUCACAUCUAUGAUUCCCUUUCACUAUACUGCAUUAUCAGUGAUGAAGACAUGAAUCUACUGAGGAAUGUCUUCAGGUCUUCCGGUGGGCUUGACGGCUGGACUGUGGUAUAUCCUCCACAGUGGAAGCAGCAAGACUCUGUGAACUGUGGCGUACUUGUGUGCUCAGCUGUUGAAAAUGUAGUUAAACAUCGUGAAUCCAUGACAGAAGCAUUGACAGUGAACCAAUGCAGGACUCUUCGUCUGCACCAUGCCACCCAAAUGCUAGAAAACGUUAAUCCUGAGGAUUUCCCACCAACUAUGCAAGAAAUGUUGGCUAUAAAACAAAAGGAAGUUAAGCUUCAAGGAACAGAAAUAAAAGACACUGACUCCAGCAUCCAUUGCCUGUCCUGGAGAAUUAGGACAUGCCUGUUUCAAAGGGCAACUGGAAAGAACAGUGUUUUCCAUGAGCACAUUAAAAAAUACAAGUGGGUGCAAUGCACUGCUUGUAAAAGCUGGUUGCAUUUUGAGUGUGCUGGUGUGACCGGAGACUGGGCUUCCAAGGACUUCUUCUGUGGAUGCAGUAUACAUGUUGAUGUGAAAAAGAUUAUGGAAGGAGUCUAUGCAGAUGACAUUCUGACAGAUUCAGAGAUUAAGGACUUGGAAAGAAACCUGCAGACCGGCCACAUCCUUUCGAACAGAAUGUAUCUGUGGAAGCACAAAGGAUUUGACCCAAGUCUCAGAAAACACUACAGUGAGCAUGUAACCGUAUUUGAUGACAUGACGACUGAAACAAUCAUCCAGCGUUUGGAAAGAGUCCUGUCACGUUCAGGAAAUACAUCUGUGGAUCCUCAUUUCAUAACAGAUGUUGUUCUGCCCGAGGCUCUGAUUCAGUGGUUGCAGACUACAAAUGUCAUCUGCCGUUUUCAAGCAGAAGACUUGCUUAUGAAGACCAAGCCAUUCAUUGACAAUGAAGGAAAAGCAGAACUGGUCAUUAAUGAUGACACUCCAAAGGAAAGCAGUAUUUUGGCAGACACGCUGGCAGCAGCUGAGUGGGUAAAGGGAACACUGUUCGAGGGAAUGGUUAAAGUGCCAUCCGUUCUGUCCAUGGAUGAGGAAGAACAGCAGGAAGUCCUUGAGGCAGUUCGAAGCUGGAACGAGGACCAUGAUUAUGAAUCUCCAGCAGAACAUUUGACUUUUGCUUUUGAAAAUAAAAAAGACUAUGACAAGUUCUGUUCCUUUAUCAUAGAUGAGAAGAACCUCAAAGUUUUCUCCAGAUUUGAGGUACAAGACUAAACAGCAUAGGUCUUGGUUUUAAUAAAGUUUUAUUGUGUUCUAAGUCUUCUUUGUUGGAGUCCCUUCACAUUACAGAGAGUGAUAAAUCCAUAUGCACAGUACAAAACUUUAUUGUUGUAAAACCACAAUAUCUAUUAACAAUAAAAUACAUCCCCAAAUCUGUUGUAGUGACAAACAGCCUUUUCACUCCCAAGUUGUUUAAAUUGUACUGCAAUACCAUGUUAAGCCGGCAGAUGGCGGUAUCUGCCCCGAUUGCAAUGACAAUAUUGAGAAAACUAACAGUUUAUCUCUUUUUAUUCCACAAUCCACAUUGGUAGCAGUUGUCAUAAAUUAUUUCAGAAAUUGAGAACUGCUCUCCAUCUGGCUCUGGUGCUCCCCUGCUUUUCCUGACUCCGUACCGGAGGCCGGUGACCCACCGCCGGUCUUCAACCCGGAAGUGUCUGUGGAUCUUCCACUAGAGUACCGUCACGGAUUCGUCUGGGGGAGCAAUAAAAAUGAUGGAAAAAAUAAAUGCAUUAACGCUUCUGAUUGCAUUACACUGUAUAUGCAUGGAGUGACUGGGAAGUGCAUUUGUAAACCGCUUGAAAUAUUUCAAAUAUUUUCGGUGACAGCCUUGUUUGUUUUGAUUUUAAAGUAAAAAAUAAAAACGUUGGCAUGAUGAUGCCGAUGAUGCAAUAAGUGCUGCAAUUACUGAGGUCACUACAGCUGUCUCUCCCACUUGAGGCAGGACCUCUCCACCGACAUGGAGUUGACAAACGCUCUUUUCCGAUCGUGAACCAUGGUCUCAGACUUGGAGGUGCUGAUCCUCAUCCCAGCCUCUUCACACUCGGCUGCGAACCUCCCCAGCAAGAGCAGUCGAUCUACUACCGCCCACUCCUCACCUAUGGUAUUGAGCUUUGUGUAAUGACAGAAAGGACACGAUCGCGGAUACAAGCGUCCGAAAUGAGUUUUCUCCGCGGGGUGGCUGGGUCAGCCUUAGGGAUAGGGUGAGGAGCUCGGACAUUCGGUAGAGACUCGGAAUAGAGCCGCUGCUCCUCCAUAUCGAGGAGUCAGUUAAGGUGGUUUGGGCAUCUAGCUAGGAUGCCUCCUGCACGCCUCCCUGGUGAGGUGUUUUGGGCAUGUCCUGCUGGCAGGAGGCCCCCAGGACGACCCAGGACACGUUGGAGAAAGUACAUAUCCGAACUGGCCCAGGAACGCCUAGGGGUCCUGCCGGAGAAGCUGGUGGAGGUGGCUGGGGAGAGGACGGUGUGGAACAACUGCCUAUUUGGGAUGCUGCCCUCGCGACCCGGACACGGAUAGGCGGAAAAAGACGAGAUGAGAUUUGGUGUUUUAGGUGAAACAUGUUUUCUGUGGACAAGUGAGGCUCAAAUUCCCCUGGAACAGUGAGGACUUUAAGCGCUGUUGUGCUUUUGUAAUCCCCAGUUUGAACACAUCAAAUGUUUUUACUAGUUUUGUUCUGGCAUGUAUUGGUUUCAUUUGUGUUAUUGAUAUAAAAGAGGAUGGACAGCAGCAAGGUGAUGAGCGCGAGGAGUGCCUGUUGGUUUUUGUCAGCUGGGCACGCAAAAUAAAAGCUGAAUAUGUGGUUCUUUUAGCGGGAUAGAGACAAAAUGUUUCUCACAUUAGCACCGACCCGUGACUCAACCUCAUCACACAGCCUCAACAUCUUGAGGGUCCCAGCCAGCAGGUCGGUGGGAUGACUAUAUCAGACUAGAGAGAACCGUUAAAAGAAAACCACCAAUUUGGUUUCAGCAAGUCCAUUUAGUUCAAUUUUACAUCGAAAUGUUUAAAAUUAAUUAAAUGACAUGUACGAUUCUAAAAAUGUAUGGUUCAAACAAUAACAUGUUGUUUUCGUAACCAUAGAAACGGGUGAACCAGGUAUGAAACGUCAUGACGUAGAACAUGCUAGAACAUACAGCUAGCUUUAGCUUCAGCCUGUUAGCAUCGGUGAACAUGAGUUGUUUUCAUAAAUCUGAGUGAACUAGAGACCUUUGAUCUUUAAGGACUUCAUCAGUUUUAUCCAAGUAAAAAGUUUGACGUGUUCUCUGAGUUGGUUCUCAGGUUUAUAAAUGCAUUUCUGUCCGUUUGAAUAUUUUUUAAACAGUUUUCACCAGUUUGAGUCUUCUGUUUAUUUUUGUAGAGCCCAUUCUAAAACAACUUUAUUUGAGCAGUGUUGUGUCUACAAGCUGUAAAAGAAUAAAUCUUUUUAGAAAUACAUCAGCUAUAAAUAUGAA